CUAAUGGCGAGAUGUAAAGCACAAACACGCCGCCACAACAAUGAACCACUGCGUAAAGCGUAGUCUUGAUUUGGGGGAAAGGUGUGCUCUCUCGGCUCCAGGUGACCGGGCGUGGACUCUCCCCCAACGCCGCAAGAGAGCAUUCAGACAUCGGCUUCACCUGAGGCGCUUCACGGUAGUGGAUGGAGGCCUCACCUCAAGCAGAAGGUGGGGGCCGGCCGCCGCAGACAUCAGCAGGCGGGGAGGGAGCGACGCUUUCCGCCGCCAGCCCCGGAGCAGAGCAAGGGGGACGCCGAGCUGAGCCGAGCCGAGCCGAGGCGAGGAGAACCAGGAGAGGAGGCACACGGACCCCAAGCAGCCCCCCGCCGCACCUCACACAGGAAUGUUGAAAGCUCCUGCAGGUGGACAGACGGAGACACGCGGCGCAGGAACCCAGGACGCUUUCCCUCCGCUGGCGACGCCAUCCACAUCUGGCGACCAGAUCCGCGGCGCCGCUCGGGUGUAGGCUAUCUCAGGACUGAACAACAACAGGCUCCGCCUCCUCCGCUCACGUAGCGCUGCCUCCUCUGCUCAGGGAGUGCCGAGUGCCUGAGUCAACGCACUGCGUUCUGGGAUCCGGUUUGGAAGCCUCUCAAUGGGCCGCACCACCUGCUGACCAGGCGGGGCAUUGUUGGAGGAGCUUGUGUUGCAUGAGGACCGUGCAGCGUGAGGGGGCGCUCGCAGGGCGAUGAUUCCGCAUGAAGCCCGACGCACUCGGCCCCCCGUCGUCCUCGGCGGAUGCAGCAGGUGUGACGUCGUGACGCUCUCGCCUAACGCCCUCAGCUCACCCUCCGGUCGCUAGAGUCACGCGGACGGAACAGGCCAUCCCACUUCUCCUCCUCCAUACCUUUCCAUCUUGAAUCCCGCCUCACCUGCUCACGAGGACCCGGAUGUUUCCGUAGGAGAACGCUAAGCACGAGGAAAAGAUCACACGCAGAAGAGAGAGAGUCAAGUCUGAAGAAGGUGAGAAAGGAAGGCAAUAAAAGGAUCAAGUACGUACUCCAGAGGGGUUAGGAUGAAGUCCAACCAGGAACGCAGUAAUGAAUGUCUGCCCCCGAAGAAGAGGGAGCUCCCUUCAGAAAACCGCUCCCUGACCGUAGCACCCGCCCCAGACCCCCAGCGCUCUGACAAUGUGGCCUGGCUUGUCGCUGGGGGCAACGGGAGCACCGAGAACUCCCCUCGCAGCUCCGCACAAUCUGAUACCGCCCCGUAUAAAUCCCUGGCCUCCGCGUCAGAUUCCUCCUCCAUGACACUCGUCUCAUCCCUUCCGACGGUGUACACAUCCCCCCUGUCCCAGACCACCGUCGGAGGGACAGUCCACUACGCCCAGCUGCCCCCCAACCUUCAGUUCAUCACCUCGCCUUACAGCGCGCCCUACACCGGCUACAUCGCACCCCAGCUUCUUCCACCUCCUCCUCCGCCUCCUCCUCUGUCCUCCUCGUCUCACAGAAGCUCAUCCCACACGGAGACCGCUUCAUCCGCCCCCUCCCACACCUCCAAAUAUGACCAACAGCGGGCAUCCAUCCGGCACACCUCCACCAUGCCGCCGCCACCCACGGACGCCACCCCGCACCGCGCCUCUCCUCGGACCCUGCGCUCUCCUCAGUCCCUGCACGGCCAUCACAUAGCAGCGUCCCAAUACACGGACGGAGGAACCACCAGGAAAGAAGAAGGAGAAUCCAGGCAGCUUCACAACGGGGGGUUGGAGCGGAGCCGGAGGUUCGAGUCCGGACUGGCUAAACCAAUCAAAUCACGUGACACCUACGAGUCCUGCCAGCUGGUUCUCCCGUCAGACUACUCUCACGACCCCUUGGCUUUGAGAACCUCCGUCAUGCUCAUGCCCAACAGCCAUGGGGACCACCAGCUGGUAUCAGCCCGGGGCAGCCCUGAGAAGACCUCAGCCCACCUGGAGAAAGGCAGCAUUCUCCUGGGGAAGCCCAUCCAUCGCACCACCGCAUCGUCCACCCCUUCUUUCACCUUUCCACCCCCCUUAAACGUAGACAAUCUAAAAGCUGCCGUUGGCCCACUUUCACCACAGACUGUUAUACACACCACCCACAACUCUACAGUGGAGUCUUUGGGGCUCCCUUCCACGGGCGUCUACCCCCAGGCCCCAGUGAUCGGCUACAUCGCGGGGGCCAGCGGCAGCCAGCAUUCUCCACUCAGCUACCACACCAGCCUGCAACAACACGUACUCAUCACUGGCGCCCAGCCGGUCAUCAUCCCAGUCAGUGGAAGCGGAAUGACCACGCUGGAGUCCACCACGUCCCAGGUUGUGACGUCAUCCGCCCCGUCCCCCUUUCCCGCAGCACUCCCUCACGCCUACAUUGCGGCCACAAGAGGAGAAACUCAAGACAAUCCUAGCGUCUCUUAUCACCAGGUCACCUCGGGCGGGGUGGUCCGAGCCCAGCUGCACCUCCCCGUCGUCCCGUCAACGGUGCCCCCACCACAGUCCAGCGCGGCAGCUCCCCCGUCGCUCCCGCCAUAUUUUGUCAAGGGCUCCAUCAUCCAGCUGGCGGAUGGCGAGCUGAAGCGUGUGGAGGAGUUGAAGACGGAGGACUUCAUCCAGAGCGCCGAGAUCAGCAGCGAGCUGAAAAUCGACUCGUCCACGGUGGAGCGCAUCGAGGGGAGCCAUGCUUCGCCCAACUUGGCGGUGGUUCAGUUCUCUGUGGGCGAGCACCGUGCGCAGGUGAGUGUGGAGGUUUUGGUGGAGUACCCCUUCUUCGUCUUUGGCCAGGGAUGGUCUUCCUGCUGCCCGGACCGGACCACCCAACUCCUGGAACUGCCUUGCACCAAGCUUUCUGUAGGCGAUGUUUGUAUUUCACUCACCCUAAAGAACUUGAGGAACGGAUCUCUGACCAGAACUCAGCCCCCAGAGCUGGCGCCCCCUACAUCGGCCCCAGCCUCCAGUCGUGGGCACCCCAGAGCCCCAAAGCCUGUCUCAAAUGUUCCCCAGAGGUGCAGUGGAGGUGUCUCCAGGCACGGGGAGCGAGAGAACGGGCUUGGCCAACGGGGGAGAGGCGGCAGCGGAAACGGGGGCAGCAGCGGGGGCGGCACUGCUGCCGAAAAUGGUGAUCUGGCAUUUGUAGAAAGAGGAUCCAGGUUGAUUUUAAAAGACGGGCUCGGAGAACCCGGGAAGCGCGGGAUGUCAUCGGGGGCCAGGAAGCGGAGAUGGUCGGCCCCUGAGGGUCGAAAGGUUGAAAAAUCAGAGGAGCCGCCCUUGACCUUGGCCAAACCUUCUUUUAUCCCUCAUGAGGUGAAGGUCACCAUUGAGGGAAGGUCGAAUAUCGGCAAGUGAAGUCUUGUAAGAUGCGGAAAGUGGAAGACAACAUGAACUUGUUUUGUUUUUGUUUUGAAUUCUGAACCGUCGAGACGAAAACGCUCUACACGGUAUAACUUUAUCAGUCAUUUUUAUGGAUGACACAAACAAUCUGUGCUUUUUUUUGUUUAAAGGGUUUUCACAAGAUUCGGUGAAGGACGGGCAAAGCGCGCUAGCUCAGUGUGGCGCACGUGAAGCCGUUGUCCCGUAGCGCGUUAGCUCGGCAACGGAAGGCGUUUACGGCGUGCCGCACAGGUGAUAGAGGGAACAACACUUCUUCUUCAUUAGCUUAGCAUUUUAGCAUCCUGCUUGAUACGCUUAUCAAACGUCCUCCUCGCCCGUUUUUUCAAUGAUUGUCAGAAGAAAUACGAAUCAGGGGUCAUAAAGUUGAACCGUGACAGGUCAAUGUUCAUUUUAUAAAUAAGCCCCAACCUGACUUUGUACAAACACACUGGGUUGGCGACCUUUAAAGGAAAUAUUAAGCGGGAACGUUCCUCCUCGUAUUUGGUGAUAAAUUUUACGUUGUUGUACCUCGAGAGGUCGCUCCGAGCGCCGUGGGUUCCGUCGUUUGGUUGUUUUUAACGCAGUACUGUAUGUUUGUCUGUGUUUUUUGAGACGGUGGUGAGUAACAAGUAGCAGCAGCAGCACUUUGGAAGAGCGAAGUGGGGGGGUGAUUGUGUAUUUUUUUUUUUUUUUUUAAUGAAUUGGUGCCGUGGAUGUGCCUCAAAAGAAAUAUGACGAAGAGCUCGCGCCACACGAGUUUUGAAGGGUGUCUUGUCUUUUUGUGCGCUAGAUUGUGCAAGAUGCAGGCCUAUGUCUGUCCACACACACACACGCACACACACACACACACACACACAAGCAAACACAAACCAAUCCAGGCCACCCCUCUAAUUUGAUAUAUGUACUGUAUUAGUGCUUAGGAUGUAUGGAGACGCUUCUAUUUCGGUGCAUAUUGUCCCCAGCGGACUGCACACUCGUAGUUAACAGUAACAGUUGCACAGUGCUAUGUGGUGUGUUUGUGUAUGAGUUUACGUAUACUGUGUAUAGACAAAUAAUACACUCACUUCAUAGAUCUAGAACUAUAUAUCUAUAGAAUAUGUUCAUGUCCAGUGUUUCCACUUGGAAUCUUUUAAGAGAAUCUUGCAGUUUGCACAUCAGGAGGAAGGGAGUCGGUUCUCGGGUUGUUUUUUGUGUGUGUGGUUUCUUUUUUUUUCUUUUUUUUUUUUUUUUUGCCGGGUCCCAGUUCUCUUCAGAUGAACUCGAGACCACCCGUAAAAAAAAAAAAAAAAAAAAAAAGAAAGAUGAAAAAAAAAAACAAAACACUGGAGCAGCCCCAACAUUUCCUAAUCAUUAAAACUCAAAUGAAACCCACAAGGAGCUUAAAGCGGACUUGUGUAAUGUGCCUGCCUACUGAGCUCUGGUCAACAUUUGGCGCCCCCACAGGGGGUCCCAAAUGCUGUUCUGUAGGGAAAAUGGCGCGGGGAAACCUGUUUCACAAAGAAGUAGCGGUCAACAUUUGGAUACUUGGAACUUGUUAAGGGGCGGGGAGGGGAUACCUAUGCGGGGCCGAUGUGUGGGGGCAACCUGAGGCCAACCUAGGGGUCGAUGAUGUGGGAUGAUGUGCUUGGUGGAUUACACGGACCCCGUAUGAGAUUUUGAAGAUAGUUUAUUUUUAUAAGAAUAAAACAGGGUUCCACUUGCAUUGCCACAGUCGUGCAUAUUUACUUCCCUCCAUCACGUAUGCUUGUGUAUUAACAGCCGCCCCCCCACCCCCACCCCCACCCCUCAGACCACCAGCCCUUGGAACAUGUAAUCAAACCAAUCAGCCUCUUGGAACCUCUACUCUUUUACUUCUUCAGGUUUAACAAAAAAAAAAAAAAGACACAACGUACGUAACUACGGAGCCAAAGCCAAGUGAUGCUUGUGUUGCUAUGGUUACCUAAGAAAGCAAUAGUCAUGCACUUUGCCACACACUUAUAUACAUGCUGUAUAUAUACGUAUACACUUACACCAAAUCAUUCCACUGGAGUAGUCGGCAAUAAACAUUUCAUACGAAUCCUCCAGCAACAGCAACCAAAACCCUCACAAGAAGAAGAAUGCGUUUUUUCAGGCGCACCGACCUGAAGAAUCAGCCAAUCGUAUUCAGGGAUUUGUCCCGGUGUAUGCAGUACCACACCCCCACUAACCUCCAGCCAGAGUCCAGCACUCGGCUCCGUGCCGCCCCUCUCCCUGCAGGGGGGGCAACACUUUCAACCCUCAGUAACCGUUAGCUACCUUUCACGCAGUGGCGUAGCGUGGGCGCGUCGGGGUGGAGGGGAGGGGGGGUGGGGGGGCGGUCCCAGAGUGGACAAAUACAGCAGUGGAGGUUGUGAUUUGAUGUCAAACGAUAGCGGGCGCUGAUGUUUGACAACCCACGCUACACCGCUGCUGACUCGACACCUUUUAUCGAUAUCUUUCAUCGGCAUCCAUACAGAAGGCUGGCGACUGUUUCCGAGCGAAGGAAAGAGAACCCCGUCGGUAAAUGUUCCGUCAUGUGCAAUAGUUGACGUUCCCCCUUUUCCUCGCUGUGCCAAGUCCAUGUAGCAUCAUACCUUUUUUUUCUUUUUUCGCUUGAAUUUCUGCUUCCGUCUUGUGCUUGGCGGCCUUCCUCUGUUUGUGUGUGUGUGUGUGUGUGUGUGUGUGUGUGUGUGUGCGUUUGCGUGAAUGGACAAACCUCGCAAGGUUCAUAGAGACCUCAUUGCCACAGUGGGGACCACUUUUUUUUAGUAGUAAAAAAUAAAAAUAAAAAAUAUGAAAAAUAGACGAUGCACAUGCAAGGAGCGGAGGUUUUUAAAGAUGACGUUUCAGCACUUUCCCAAUCCUAGCUAGGAGGCGGGCUCUCGCAGAGGAUCGACACAAGGGGGGCGAUAAAACCUGUUUUUGUUUGUUUUGUUCUUUUGGGUCCAGGUGUCAGGUGGUGUUUGUGGUGGUCGUCGUCGUCUCACGUGUCCCUUCUUUUGUGGGCUUUGUAGCGCUCGCUGUGUCAUCUCCCGGCGUCACGGCUGAGCUUUUUAUGACGAGCGUCCUCGCCGGAGGAUCAAGACUUUGGUUUAGUUUUUCCUCUUUCUUCUUGCACAACAAAAAAAAAAUAAUGAAUGUGUGCAGCUUUGACGUUUUGGAUGAAUAAAAAAACAAAAAACAGGCACGCGUGCUUUUGGGAUGCGUUCACGCUUGGCAUGUUUGCUUGGGUUAAAAGGAACUCUGGUGCCUUCGCUCUGCUUGGUUGUUACCCCAAAACAACACCGGGUGGGUGAGGUUGGUCUCGGGCCACUUGCAAGUGAACUCUGGUGCGGUUCAGUUCACUUGGACGCGACACCGACCCCAAAAAUGACAAAAAAAAAGCAUGCAGAAGUAUGUUUUAGAAGCUUUUGGUUCAAUCCCAGAUGAUAAAUAUACAACAUAAGUGGAAUAUACAGUCAAAAACCAACACAUUCAACCCAGUAGACAGCAUGUGCGGAAUAUGUCAGUUACAUGAUGGCACAAAAGAUGCACUUUAAAAGUCCAUUUUAAAAGCUUUUGGUGAAAAUCCAGAUUAAAUAAACAAAAGUAAAUAAUAAUAAAUAUGGAAUAUACAGUUUAAAAAAAACAACACAUUCAACCCAGUAGAUGGCAUGUGCGUUUGGAAUAUUUCAGUUACAUCAUGGCACAAAAGAUGCACUUUAAAAGUCCAUUUUAGAAGCUUUUGGU